AUGCAUAUGGGGAUGAGGGAGAAGAAGGGUUUUAUGGCGGUGAAGCUUGACAUGUGCAAAGCAUAUGAUAGAGUGGAGUGGGUUUUUUUAAAAGCGGUGAUGAAACGUAUGGGUUUUGGCGCCCGGUGGAUUGCACUUGUUAUGAUGUGCGUCAAGACAAUGAAGUACUCUAUCAUUGUUAAUGGGAACCCUUAUGGGAUGAUUACUCCGUCUCAGGGCAUUCGACAAGUGGACCCUAUAUCACCUUAUCUCUUUUUCCUAUGUGCAGAGGCUCUAAGUGCUUUGAUCACUACAGUAAAUGCAGAUGGAAGGUUAACGGGGGUCCCUACUUCGACACAUGGUCCAGAAAUUAGCCACCUUUUUUUUGCCGACGACAGUUUAUUAUUUUGUCGGGCAAAUUUGAUACAAUGGAAUCACUUGUCUUCCAUCUUGCAAUUAUAUAAAGAGGCGUCGGGUCAGAAAAUGAAUGCCAAUAAGACCGCUAUUUUCUAUAGCAGAAAUACUCCAGUGGCUGACAAGGAAUAUAUUCAAGGGGUAGCUGGAAUCCCUAUCAAUCAAAGAUAUGACACAUAUUUGGGGCUUCCUGACCUUGUGGGGCGGUUGAGAACUAGUGCUUUUAAAAGCAUUACGAAGAGAGUUUGGAAGCGCCUUCAAGAUUGGAAGAUUAAAUUUCUAUCUCAAGCUGGGAAGGAGAUUCUUUUGAAGGCGGUGAUCCAGGCUAUCCCUACCUAUUGCAUUAGUGUUUUCAUGCUUUUGAAGGCGCUAUGUACAGAAAUAAAUUCGAUGAUGGCAAAGUUUUUUUGGGGUCAUAAGGAAAAGGAUAAACGAAUCCAUUGGAUGAGUUGGAACAAGUUAUGUUUUUCAAUGGCUAAAGGAGAUUGCUCGAUUCUUGAAGCCUCUCUUGGGAAAAAACCAUCCUUUGCAAGGAGGAGUAUCCACAACUCAAGUGAUCUUGUUCGAGAGGGAUUGGUGUGGAGAGUUGGUAAUGGGAAAACUAUUUGCAUUUGGAAAGAUAUAUGGAUUAAUUCUCCGACUACUUAUCAAGUGCAAACAGCCCCAAGAAUUCUGGCGGACACUUCCAUGGUGGUGGAUGGAAUGCUCAAAAAAUGUGGUAGUGAGGAUUUUGCCCAGUUUGUGAGUAUAUCCUGGUGUAUAAGGCUACGGUGGAAUGAAGUAAUACAUAAUGAAAUUUUUCUGCACCCAAAUCAACUUAUCAAGCAAGUGGGUCUAGUAGGAGAAAAUUUCCACUUGAUUCUGGCGGGGAGAAGAACACAGCAAGUACCAACUGGAGAACCUCCCCUGAUUUCCUGGAUAGCCAUGCCCCAUGGCUGCUUGAAAGCUAAUUGGGACGCUGGCUUUAAUAGGAGAAAGGGCCGAAUGGGUUUGAAAGCAGUGAUCUGA